AUGGUCCUUCUGUUGAUCCUGUCAGUUCUGCUUUUGAAAGAAGAUGUCCGUGGGAGUGCACAGUCCAGUGAGAGGAGGGUGGUGGCUCAUAUGCCGGGAGACAUCAUUAUCGGAGCUCUUUUUUCUGUCCACCACCAGCCCACGGUGGACAAGGUGCAUGAAAGGAAGUGUGGGGCAGUUCGUGAACAGUAUGGCAUUCAGAGAGUGGAGGCCAUGCUGCAUACUCUGGAAAGGAUCAACUCAGACCCCACACUCUUGCCCAACAUCACACUGGGCUGUGAAAUAAGGGAUUCCUGCUGGCAUUCAGCUGUGGCCCUAGAGCAGAGCAUUGAGUUUAUAAGGGACUCCCUCAUUUCUUCAGAAGAAGAAGAAGGUUUGGUGCGCUGUGUGGAUGGUUCUUCCUCUUCCUUCCGCUCCAAGAAGCCCAUAGUAGGGGUCAUUGGGCCUGGCUCCAGUUCUGUGGCCAUUCAGGUCCAGAACUUGCUCCAGCUUUUCAACAUACCUCAGAUUGCUUACUCGGCAACAAGCAUGGAUCUGAGUGACAAGACUCUGUUCAAGUACUUCAUGAGGGUUGUGCCUUCAGAUGCCCAGCAGGCACGGGCCAUGGUGGACAUAGUAAAAAGGUACAACUGGACUUAUGUGUCAGCUGUGCACACAGAAGGGAACUAUGGAGAGAGUGGGAUGGAAGCUUUCAAAGAUAUGUCAGCCAAGGAAGGAAUUUGCAUCGCUCACUCUUACAAAAUCUACAGCAAUGCAGGGGAACAGAGCUUCGAUAAGCUGCUGAAGAAGCUCAGGAGUCACUUGCCCAAGGCCCGGGUGGUGGCCUGCUUCUGUGAGGGCAUGACAGUGAGAGGUCUGCUGAUGGCCAUGAGGCGCCUGGGUCUAGCAGGCGAAUUUCUGCUUCUGGGCAGUGAUGGCUGGGCUGACAGGUAUGAUGUGACAGAUGGAUAUCAGCGAGAAGCUGUUGGUGGGAUCACAAUCAAGCUGCAAUCUCCCGAUGUCAAGUGGUUUGAUGAUUACUAUCUGAAGCUCCGGCCAGAAACAAACCUUCGAAACCCUUGGUUUCAAGAAUUUUGGCAGCAUCGUUUUCAGUGCAGGCUGGAAGGGUUUGCACAGGAGAACAGCAAAUACAACAAGACUUGCAAUAGUUCUCUGACUCUGAGAACACAUCACGUUCAAGAUUCCAAAAUGGGAUUUGUGAUCAAUGCGAUCUAUUCCAUGGCCUAUGGGCUCCACAACAUGCAGAUGUCCCUCUGUCCAGGCUAUGCAGGCCUUUGUGAUGCAAUGAAACCAAUCGAUGGACGGAAACUUUUGGAUUCCCUGAUGAAAACCAAUUUUACUGGGGUUUCUGGAGAUAUGAUCCUAUUUGAUGAGAAUGGAGACUCUCCAGGAAGGUAUGAAAUAAUGAAUUUCAAGGAAAUGGGAAAGGAUUAUUUUGAUUAUAUCAAUGUUGGAAGUUGGGACAAUGGAGAAUUAAAAAUGGAUGAUGAUGAAGUAUGGUCCAAGAAACACAACAUCAUCAGAUCUGUGUGCAGUGAGCCAUGUGAGAAAGGCCAGAUAAAGGUGAUCCGGAAGGGAGAAGUCAGCUGUUGUUGGACCUGUACACCCUGUAAAGAGAAUGAGUAUGUCUUCGAUGAGUACACCUGCAAGGCGUGCCAGCUGGGGUCGUGGCCCACUGAUGACCUUACAGGUUGUGACUUGAUCCCAGUACAGUAUCUCCGCUGGGGUGACCCUGAGCCCAUUGCAGCUGUGGUGUUUGCCUGCCUCGGCCUGCUGGCCACCCUCUUUGUCACUGCAGUCUUCAUCAUUUACCGUGAUACACCUGUAGUCAAGUCCUCCAGCAGGGAACUCUGCUACAUCAUCCUUGCUGGCAUCUGCCUGGGUUACUUAUGUACCUUCUGCCUCAUUGCAAAGCCCAAACAGAUCUAUUGCUACCUUCAGAGAAUUGGUAUUGGUCUUUCUCCAGCCAUGAGCUACUCGGCCCUUGUAACCAAGACCAAUCGUAUUGCAAGGAUCCUGGCCGGCAGCAAGAAGAAGAUCUGUACCAAAAAGCCCAGAUUCAUGAGUGCCUGUGCCCAGCUAGUGAUUGCUUUCAUUCUCAUAUGCAUUCAGUUGGGCAUCAUCGUUGCCCUCUUUAUAAUGGAGCCUCCUGAUAUAAUGCACGACUACCCAAGCAUUCGAGAAGUCUAUCUGAUCUGUAAUACCACCAACCUCGGAGUUGUCACUCCUCUUGGAUACAAUGGCUUGCUGAUUUUGAGCUGUACCUUCUAUGCUUUCAAGACCAGAAAUGUCCCAGCCAACUUCAAUGAGGCCAAGUAUAUCGCCUUUACAAUGUACACCACCUGCAUCAUAUGGCUGGCCUUUGUGCCAAUCUACUUUGGCAGCAACUACAAAAUCAUCACCAUGUGUUUCUCAGUCAGUCUCAGUGCCACAGUGGCGCUGGGCUGCAUGUUUGUGCCGAAGGUGUACAUCAUCCUGGCCAAACCAGAGAGGAAUGUGCGCAGCGCCUUCACCACAUCUACCGUGGUGCGCAUGCAUGUGGGGGAUGGCAAGUCAUCCUCAGCAGCCAGCAGAUCCAGCAGCCUAGUCAACCUGUGGAAGAGAAGGGGCUCCUCUGGGGAAACCCUAAGGUACAAAGACAGGAGACUGGCCCAGCACAAGUCGGAAAUAGAGUGUUUCACCCCCAAAGGGAGUGUGGGGAAUGGUGGGAGAGCAACAAUGAGCAGCUCCAACGGAAAGUCCGUCACGUGGGCCCAGAACGAGAAGAGCAGCCGCGGCCAGCACCUGUGGCAGCGGCUGUCCAUACACAUCAACAGGAAGGAGAACCCCAACCAGACGGCGGUCAUCAAGCCCUUCCCCAAGAGCCCGGAGAGCCGCGGGCUGGGCGCGGGCGGCGGGGGCGCGGGCGGCGGCGGCGGCGGCGGCGGGGGCGGCGGGGGCGCGGGCGGCGGGGGCGCGGGCGGCGCGGGCGGCGGCGGCGGGGGCGCGGGCGGCGGGGGCGGGGGCGGGGGCGGGGGCGGCCCGGAGCCGCCCGACGCCGGCCCCAAGGCGCUGUACGGCGUGGCGGAGGCCGAGGAGCACUUCCCCGCGCCCGCGCGGCCGCGCUCGCCGUCGCCCAUCAGCACCCUGAGCCAGCGCGCGGGCUCGGCCGGCCGCACGGACGACGACGUGCCGUCGCUGCACUCGGAGCCCGCGGCGCGCAGCAGCUCCUCGCAGGGCUCGCUCAUGGAGCAGAUCAGCAGCGUGGUGACCCGCUUCACCGCCAACAUCAGCGAGCUCAACUCCAUGAUGCUGUCCACCGCGGCGCCCGGCCCCGGCGUGGGCGCCCCGCUCUGCUCGUCCUACCUGAUCCCCAAAGAGAUCCAGCUGCCCACGACCAUGACGACGUUCGCCGAAAUCCAGCCGCUGCCGGCCAUCGAGGUCUCGGGCGGCGCGCAGCCCGCGGGGUGCGGCGGGUGGCGGCGGCGGCGGCGGCGGCGGCGGCGGCGGCGCGGCCCCGCCGCAGGGGGCGCUGCCCGGGAGUCCCCCGCCGCGGCCGGGCCCGACGCGGCGGCCGGCAGGGCGGACCUGGAGGAGCUGGUGGCUCUCACCCCGCCGUCCCCCUUUAGAGACUCGGUGGACUCGGGGAGUACAGCCCCCAACUCGCCGGUGUCGGAGUCGGCGCUCUGCAUCCCGUCGUCUCCCAAAUAUGACACCCUGAUCAUAAGAGAUUACGCUCAGAGCUCCUCGUCGUUGUGAACGUGGUCGGAGCCCGCGCUGCGCUCGGCCGCCGAGCCGAGACCUCCCGCGUUCCCGCAGCCACGUGACCCGUGGGCGCCUGCCUCGGACCCGAGGCGGACGAGGCCGAGCGCCCCCGGGAAGAAACCGAGCUCUGCAGUGCGUUCAGCAUCGACCGACCGAGACGCCAACCACGAGUCUUCGGGCAGAUUUUCUUCUCGUGGCCUUAGAAAACGUGGGCUUUGCAGAAACACCGCGAAUCUUCGAGGGCUGCCAAGGAGUCCGUGGAGCCAGUUCCGUGCCAAGUGCUUUGCUCUAGGGAAGCAAUGAGUGUGAAACCGCGUAACGGAGGGAAGAGCGUACUUCGUGAGCGGCUGUAAAAAGUCCUGUUUACUUUCUUUUCCCAGAAGAUUCUUUGAUUCACCAAACAUGAAUGUACAUUUUCUAACAAACUAAAAAUCUGGGACCAAACGUGACCAUCUCUCUCUCUCUCUCUCUCUCUCUCUCUCUCUCUCUCUCUCUUUCCUUUCUUUUUUGCUGUCUUUUAAAGACCUUGCAAAGCAGGACCUCGGGCCGGGUACGUACCGCGGCGUUGCUGUGACUGCCCCUUGCGGAACACACAGCUGCGUAGGGAGUGCUGCGCUGACGCGUGUAGGGCUUUUACCAGACACUCCUCUCCGAUUUGGUUUGAAAUCCUCUUCCAGAAGCCUGCAUCCGGGAGUCCACCUAGUGAUUUCAAUUCACCUCCAUUAACCAAGAAAACCAGUGGAAGAUUUCUUGACUCUUUUCACCAUGUUGCCAAUCAAUACUGGAGUAGCAAAAAAAAAAAAAAAAAAAAAAGAAAAGAAAAAUUUCUGGAAUACUGUUUUGUAAUUCCCUCACUGGGGUACGUUGUGUAGCUGGAAAUUUUCUUUAUAAUAAUAAUAAUAAUAGUAGUAGUAAUAAUUCCUGAGCUCCAGCUUGGCUAUCUCGUUCAUGAAAUGUGGCCACUCCUCCUUAUGAAUGCUGUUCCAUUAGCGUUGCCAGCUAAAAUAUCAAAAUACGCAUUUGGGCUUCUUCAUUCCCUUCCUUUGAGAACCUGAUGCACAAAGAGCCCCUCUGUUCUUUUCAAGUCCCACCACUGGAAGAAUGGUCUGUAGACCCUCUGAAGACAGCGUCAUGAUUGGAGGGACUGUUGUUCAAAAAGUUAACACAAUCUUAAAACACUGGAAAUUUUAAACUGUGUCAAGUUGGCUUAGCAGAGAUUUAGCUAUGCCAGGAAGCAGUGAUUUUAACUUUUCUUGGCUGCUUAAACCGGGCAGCUAUGAACUAUGACAAAUGUAGAUUUUUCAAAGCAAUACAGAAUACUAAAACAGAGGAACCUUAAUGGAUAUAAACCACACAGUCUUUCUUAGCCAUUCCAAAAAGAGGCAAAGCGAUUAUUAUUUCCUUUUUAAAAUAAUUAUUAAUAUGAUUUUGUGCACUUACUACUGUCACUUUUUAAAUACUGCAGAAAAGAGAUUUAAAGAUACAAUAGAAAUACAUGUGCUUUAUUAGGCUCAUAUAAGUAGAAAUCAUAGCUCAAGACCUGCAUCCACUGUCAUCUCUUUCUUCCUCCCUCCCAUUACAGCUAUCCUGAGGUGCCAAAUGUUUUUUUUUGUUGUUGUUGUUGUUGUUUUGGUUGGGUUUGGUUUUUAAUUUUAAAUAAGGAUAGUAAUAAAAGGAGGAGGUGUCCUGUAAGUUUAGAGUUUAGUUGAUCUAGCCUUAUACUAAAGAUAGCCUUAUGAAAAAGAUUUGCUGUGAGGCAGAAGUACAUUUUUAGCAGAAAGAAAAAUGAAUGAAACCCUUUUCUCUAGCUCAAUAUCCUUACUUGGGCAUGUAUUUUUUUUAUUUACACCUACUUUAAAAAAGAAUCUGUGAAAUGGAAAUAUAUCCAUUGGCAUAAUUUUUCAUUCCCCACUUUUAAAAGUUGUAAUAAAUGUACUGUUUGACUUUCCUGAUAACUGUUCUUAUAUUAAAUUUUUAAAUCAAAUCUCCCAAUAUAAAAUGUUAAACGCUAAUAUUAAUUUACUGAAUUAUAAAUUUUCAAAUAAUCAGCCUCCCGUACCAGAUUUGAAAAUAACGUCUUCAGAGCACCCUGAACCUAGAUGUUAUAAUGAGACUCUUGAAACAGUGAAUUCAGCUAAGCUUUAUGGUUUCAUUGAAAUUGAAUGUCUGCCUCUACGUGAAAAACAAUUGUAAAUAUUUUGAAGCAUUAACACCCCUCAAUUCUCUUGAAAAAGAUGGCAUUCACCUGGAGAUUACCAUCUGGAUAUCUUAAACAUGGAAACCUUUCCAAAUAUACUCUACUAAGUUUUAAAUUUGUUUCUUAAACCCUUUGGCUGAUUUCCAUUUUAUUCUCAAGUAUAAGUUUCACUAUACUGACCAAUUAAAAAAAACAUUUAAAAAAACUUUCUCCUUUUGAAUGAUCAAAUUCCCCUUCUAAAUUUUUAGUAGCGUAUUUCUUUUAAAAAGUACACUACGUUAUGAGAAAAUUCAUCAGAAAUUAAAAUUUAAUGCAAAGUGCCAUCUGAUAGUUCUAUAUGAAAGUAUAGUCAACUGUAAUAAGAAAAAUAAUUUAUCCAAUUAGAGGAGAACAAGAUGUGUUUUUCUCUGUGUUUCUGUGCCCUUUGCCACUUCAUUCAGUACAUUGUAUAAUACGUAAUAUUAUUAGUAAUGCAUUCUUGGGAUCUUUUAUUUUGGAAUGAUGCUAACUCUGUCUCUUUGCCAAUUCUAAUACCAGGUUCCAAGUAAUAAAUCUACAAGGAGAACUGAAUAUUCAUUCUAGGGCUAGGAUAUGAACUUUGCAAUUCAUUGGGGUACCUAUUUUCAUUGAAUUUCCUUGAAAACAGUCUGUUCCUGGUGCCCAGUGAUAAUUCAGUCGGACCAGCAUGACCAGAAGGAAGGGGAAAGUACAGUGAAAUGGGAAGAUACAGAAAAGUGACCCUGAAGGACAGUUUGGUUCCAAGAUGAAAAAAGAAGACCGGGUUUGAUCAAGUUAUGCGGACCCCCUAGGUAGUCCACUCACUCUCCUGUUGCAGGAGAGGAGGAUGGGCAGCCCAAGAAGACCCUGUGGAUUGGGGAGAAGCAUCCCUUUGGGUGAGGGGUGGGGAACAGAGAGGGAGCACGCAAAGGAGCGUCCUAGAGAUUGGACUGAAGCAAAGAGAAAUAGUAAAUCCCCCGAAUGUGCUAAUCAUUGUCAGUGACGGGGUCUUUCCUGGGCUUCAGCUGUUAACCAGCAAGUUAUCAGGAAGACUAGGAGCUAUUUCUGACCGUGAAUGAGUUGUGUCAUGGCUCUGCUGCGAUCCUGUGACUUCCAAACCAGGAAUCAAACACUUUUUAAGAAACAAACAUUUCCUAUGCUAGUCUCCCAGCAAGAUGUACAUGUUUUGGAGACUUGGAAAGUAUCAUCUGAGUUCACGUUUAGCCGCAGCUUAUUACUAGCCCUUGAGCUGCCAGAAUCUCUGUAGUCAACCAUUUACGGUUUUAUACUGUGAAAAAUACAGAUCAGUGAAAAGCAUAAAGACGAGGGGAAAUUCACUUUCAAGAGGGUCUGAGGCGGGAGAGAUCCUCUGCUGUGUGUUAAAGAGUGAGGCAUGUAUAAAAUAGAUGGCUGAAUUUCACUGAUCUUCCCAAUGUGAAAAAAUAUACUAUGUAUAUUGUGUGCAUUUCUAGAAUUCAAUGGCAGCUGCUGGUGGUGUUGUAAUUAGAGAUCUAUAUAGAAUAUAGAUGUUUUAGAGAGACGGUGCCAAUCCUAAAAGAUUUGUGUGGGCUACAAGUGCUUGUACUUACUUUUUUCUGCACUUUAACUGAUUUGGUUUUAAGAUUGUGUGCGCGUACCUGUUCUUUUUCUGUUGUUGCAGCUUGUACUAUUAAAACAAUAGAGAAUGUUGAAUUAUUUUGAUGUGAAUUGCAGAUGAUUUUUUUUCAUAAAGUUUAACAUUUUUAUCAGCAUUGUUUUGCUUUGUACUUGUAUAAAUGUGUUUUAUUUUAGCAUUUGAAAGUACAUUUGCCUGUUUCUCAGUUGUCUGAAUCAUGUUAUAGUUGGUGUUUGUGAAGUCAGUUACUUUUUGAAAAAUAUUAAAACAGAAACUAUGGUAUGACUUUAAGAUUCUUCCCCUUAAAUGUUUAGAAUGUUGUCUUAAUAGUGUUUUCCAAGACCCAAAGAGCCAUACUAUUAAUUAAUCUUUAAAUUCUGAAUGAUCUACACAUUUGAAUUAUGGGAUUUACAAAGUAGCCUGUGGACAAUAGAUAAAAAUGUAAACCAACCACAAACCAACCAGAGAUGUUGUCCUCAAAGACAGCUACAAACACCUUUUAAGACAUAAAUAUUUUUUUUUUAGACAAUGAAGCAUGUAGGGAUUAUACCUUGUUUUUUGUGUCUGGAAAUACAAAUACAAAUUAUAGUUCCACAAUUAUCUGUGUUGAUAGAGGUUACAUCACAAAAAUAAUAUAGAUUAUGUAUGUUUAUAUAUCUGUGUAUGUCUGGAUGUGUAUACAAACAUACACACAUCUAUCUAUAUAUAGAUAUUUUAUUUUUUAGUUCAUCUGUAUACGUGUCCCUGUGUGUGUGUUUGUUUGUGUGCGCAUGUGUGGGCAUAUCUGUAUAAUUUUACCAGAAAAAAACAAUUACUUGUCAAAUCACUUUCUACCUUGAUGGAUUAAGCAAAUUUACACUCCUAAACACAAAUUAUCUAAAACCUAAAAGCAUGAUGUAUGGAAGAGAAAAACAAUGUAGAUUUUAAAACAUAGCUUCUCUCUGCUUCCCUACAUUGUAUUAUUUA